CAUGCCCCCAAUUGGGCGUGGCCAAGGCCCUCCCCUUGCCGUCCGGAACUCGGGAGCUGCUGCAGGAGGUCCCGGAGGUCUGUGCCCAUGGCCUCCGUGUUUCUGGCCCGGGCCCGUGGCCCUCUCUGUAGAGCUGUCCGUGUUCGGGACUGGCGAAGGUUACACACUGUUUACCAGUCUGUGGAACUGCCUGAGACACACCAGAUGUUGCGCCAGACGUGCCGUGACUUUGCUGAGAAGGAGCUGGUCCCCAUUGCAGCCCAGCUGGACAAGGAGCAUCUCUUCCCCACAGCUCAGGUGAAGAAGAUGGGUGAGCUAGGGCUGCUAGCCAUGGAUGUGCCAGAGGAGCUGAGUGGUGCGGGCCUGGAUUACCUGGCCUACUCCAUCGCCCUGGAGGAGAUCAGCCGUGGCUGCGCCUCCACGGGAGUUAUCAUGAGCGUCAACAAUUCUCUCUACUUGGGACCCAUCCUGAAGUUUGGAUCCUCACAGCAGAAGCAACAGUGGAUCACCCCUUUCACCAGUGGUGACAAAAUCGGCUGUUUUGCCCUCAGUGAGCCAGGCAAUGGUAGUGACGCAGGAGCCGCUUCCACCACUGCCCGAGAAGAGGGUGACUCGUGGGUCCUCAACGGCACCAAAGCCUGGAUCACCAACUCCUGGGAGGCUUCAGCCACGGUGGUGUUUGCCAGCACAGACAGGUCUCGGCAGAACAAGGGUAUCAGUGCCUUCCUGGUUCCCAUGCCAACUCCUGGACUUACGCUGGGCAAGAAGGAAGACAAGCUGGGCAUCCGGGCCUCAUCCACAGCUAACCUCAUCUUUGAGGACUGCCGCAUCCCCAAGGAGAACCUGCUCGGGGAGCCGGGGCUGGGCUUCAAAAUAGCCAUGCAAACCCUGGACAUGGGCCGCAUUGGCAUCGCCUCCCAGGCCCUGGGCAUUGCCCAGGCCUCCCUGGAUUGUGCUGUGAAAUAUGCUGAGAACCGCAAUGCCUUCGGGGCACCGCUCACCAAGCUCCAAAACAUCCAGUUCAAGCUGGCAGACAUGGCCCUGGCCCUGGAGAGUGCCCGCCUGCUGACAUGGCGUGCUGCCAUGUUGAAAGACAAUAAGAAGCCUUUCACCAAGGAGUCCGCCAUGGCCAAACUGGCUGCAUCGGAGGCUGCAACCGCCAUCAGCCACCAGGCCAUCCAGAUUCUGGGCGGCAUGGGGUAUGUGACAGAGAUGCCAGCCGAGCGGUACUACCGAGAUGCCCGCAUCACUGAGAUCUACGAAGGGACCAGUGAAAUCCAGAGACUGGUGAUCGCUGGGCAUCUGCUCCGGAGCUACCGGAGCUGAGCCCUUGUUGGGGAUUUGCCUGCCUGCAGACUGAGGCAGAGGGCAGAGCCACAUGGCUUAACUUUGAGGCUUGGUCAGACCAUAAAGGGACCUCCUGUUCUGCCCCUCACUGUAGCCCCGUAGUCAGCCUGGGGGAAAGUCUGUCUCAGGGAGAGGGAAGGCCGGCUGCUGUGACCUGUGACAGAAAUCAGUUGACAACUCAGAACUGAGCCUGGCUACCACUUUACCCUCUAUCAACAGAGCCUCUUUCUAUAUUUGAGCUGCCUGCUGGAGGCAGGGCCCAUGGAGAGCUGAAUGACUCUGGCCCUCCCAAUGCCAUUCCCAUGAGCCCUCAGAGGCAAGAAUACAAGGGACAGGACAGGGGUCAGGAGGGGGGAGGGGUGGCCUAAAUGGCACGGAGUUUCAGUGUUUGAGUCCCCAGGGUUGUCGUGGGAAGGCUGGAGGCUGGGUCAUAGGGCCCUUGCUAGAGGUCAUGUGUGUGCAGGUUGGUGUUCUGGGCAGCUGUAACUGCCUGUGGCAAAUAAAGCUCACUUGUGCCCUGA